AUGCCUCCCGUCGCCGCAGUCAACGCAGGCGGCCAGCAUGGCCCCUCCAACUUCGACAAGUUCAAAAUGGGCGCCAUGAUGGGCGGAACUGUCGGCGUCAUCAUCGGCUUCAUCUUCGGGACCGUCAAUAUCUUCCGCUAUGGCGCUGGCUCCCAGGGCAUCAUGCGCACGCUGGGCCAAUACAUGGGUGCUUCGGGCGCCACGUUCGGCUUCUUCAUGUCCAUCGGCAGCGUCAUCCGGUCCGACGCCGACCCCAGGAUGCACGAAAUGUACAUGCGGGCUCAGCGGCGGCCCAUUGUCCUGAGGGCGAACCCGGCGUGGCGAAGAUGCUGA